UUGUAGCUUUGUAGGUGCUGUACGAAUACUAAGUAUUAAAAAAAAUUUGCGUAAUAAAGAUCAAUAAUAUAUGUGACAGAUUACUUAUUAUACUCGUACUAUUCAAAAAAUAGUCGUAUUAGGUGAUUUUUGCUUACAAUUUAUGUCACAUAAAUUUUCAGUGUGUGAUGUGCUUAUGCCAAGUGUCGUGUCUCCUUUUAUAUUACAGCGCUAAACUGGGAAUACACCUCGUCUUCCUUUUCACUUCUCAUUCUCGUAAAGCUUCGACACGGAUUAUAAAGUUCAUAUGUGCACGCAAAUCAAAAACACUAAUAAAAUAAUUUUUCGGGGAAUUUUGCACUUGAUUUCAUGAUAAUUCAUAAUUGUGGAGUGCAUUUGGUUAAAUCUCUGUUGGAAAUUCAUUAAGCGCGACAAUAAUUACUCGUACAUUUAAUGGAAAGAGACAGAAAAGUGUUGUUUGGAAAAGAAUGCGACAAGCUUCGUCAGCAAAUUGCCCACGUGCGCAAAGAUGCCAGCAGCUCGCUACGCCAGCUAGCCAGCACUCUGGAGCACGACAACCCUGAUUUAUCCGACAGUGUACGCCGUCUGUCGGAUCAGCCCGCCGCGUUGUCCUACGGCUCGGAAUAUGACAAACGCGACCCGGUGAAAUCAUUAGCCACACAAGUCAGCUCCAUCAGCGGAUUGGUCAAGAAAGCUUCAAGCGGCCGCGACAACGAUGUCCGCGAUCUACAAGACACACUGCGCAACGCCAAUGAGGCCAUCUACAACGCCAAGGUCACUAACGAUCAAAGGUACAAUAAGUUAAAAACGGAAGAGUCCCUGCGGAGCCGGGAACUGGAUUCUCUCCAGCGGGACGCGGCGUCCUCGCAGCGGCCGUCGUCCACGGCGGUCUCCACGGCGCCCUCCCGCGACCGCGACCGCGACACCACCGCCACCACGGCGUCCAAUAAACCGACAGCCGUUUCCGAGUUCGACCGCUACUGCGCGGACCAUGGCGGCCCGACGGGCGGUUGGGACGCCUACGAUCACAACGAGUUCCUCUCGUUCCGCUUCCGCAACGGUCCCUUCGACGAGACGUUGGCCGAAAAGGCCGCGCUGCUCAUACCGACACGGACACCGCAGGAAAUCCUGCAGCACGAAGAAUGGUACGACACCUUCGAGCUGCUGCAGGCCGCCCGCAAGGAGGCCGUCAACGACUGGCGCCGGGGGCGGGAUGCGCAGCAGCGGCGGGCGGUGGAGGAGGCCGCGGCGCAGCAGAAAGCUCAACAAGCGCAGGACAACGAGGCUCGAAAGGCCACUCUGGAAAAGCAGCGCGAAGUGGUUACCGCCCACAAAGAAGUGAAAACCAAGGAGACGAUCGAGAAGAAAACGAAGGAAGCGCAAAUGUCGCAGCAGCUCGAAGAAGCCGCCCGUAAGAAAUUCCUGGAUCACCAGACGAAACUGAAGUCCCGACUGGACACGCACUACCGCCAGAUUGACGAUAAAUUAGUGCAGAUCCAACUGGAAGAGGAGAGGAAACUGCAGGAAGCCAAGGAGCGCCGGCAUGCCGCCGCCAAACAGGUCCUGGAGAUGGGCGCCCGCAGCGUCAACCAGGCGGAGGCCCAAGCCCAGCGGCGCCGGCAGUCGGAAGCCGACACGUUAGUGGCCAAAGCCCGCGCCAUCCAGCAUGCCGAGCAGCUGCGCCGGCGCGCCAGCCGCAACGUGGCCAGCGACCCGCAGCGCGUGACCCAACACACGGAGUCCUGGAACCGUCACCUGGACGGCGAGGGCGACGUCGGGGGAGGCGGCGGCCGCGACCCGCCCACCACCAGCUGGCGGGCCUCCGCCAGCAUCUUCAACCUGCCCAAACUCAAACUCCCCGAAUGGCGCCGCCAUCUAGACCUGCAUCUGUGACCUUAACCGGUGUCCGACGGCCAGGCGGGCAUGGUGACGCAAAAUACAUUUUUGCUGAUUUAUAAUUGGUUGAAAUGCCGGUCUGUUUCCGAAAAACGACCGCCAAGAAAAAUGCUGUGUAUUUUUAAUUUGUUUCGGAUUUGUAUUAUGGUCAGUUAUGGGAAAAUGCGGCGCCGUAUUUUUGGCCAGUAGAGUAGUUG